GCGCUCAGACACACGCGGGCAUCCUACGAGCUGGAGUUCCGAGAGCACUCUGGCCCGUACGUGUUGUCUCCUUAUGAUAUCUUAUCGUUGUCUUUUGUUUAGUUUUUACACGGAAAGAAAAUCAUUCUGUGGUUGAUGGUUUCGGUUGCCUGCCGCAAAAUUGGAGUACUUUUGGGUUGGAAUGUUUUACGCAUGAAGUCAGCUGGAUGUGUUCCGAAUGUCGGACCUCAUGCCCCGAUGUUUUCAAUGGAUUUGAAUAGAUUGGAAUAAAAGCACGAAGUUUUUUUUCUAGACGUUCUAUCAAUUCCAUUGUAACAAGGCAUCGCACGGAUAGAUACGCAAUGAUCUUCGUCACUCUUUAUGUCGUUCUGCCUCUUUUAGAUGUUUUGUAUGCCCAGGAGAAUGCUCUUUCUGGUCCCAACCGCCUCGAUUGUGUCAAGGCGAGUGAGCAGUGUAUGAAGGAGCAAGGAUGCAGUACCAAGUAUCGGACAAUGAGACAGUGCGUUGCUGGAGGGAAGGAGAGAAACUUUAGCAUGGUGGCUGGACUGGAGGCGCAGGACGAAUGUCGGAGUGCCAUAGACGCAGUCAAGCAGAGCCCCCUGUACAACUGCAGGUGUAAAAGGGGCAUGAAGAAAGAGAAGAACUGCCUUCGCAUCUAUUGGGGAAUCUAUCAGACGUUGCAAGGGAACGAUUUCCUGGAGGACUCCCCUUACGAGACCAUGAAUAGCCGGCUGUCUGACAUGUUCCGACUGGCCCCCAUUAUUUCAGGCGAGCCCGCGGUGACGAGGGAAAACAACUGUCUGAACGCAGCCAAGGCCUGCAACCUGAACGACACCUGUAAGAAGUACCGCUCAGCCUACAUCAGCCCCUGCACCAGCCGUGUCUCCACUGCGGAGGUCUGCAACAAGCGCAAGUGCCACAAGGCCCUGCGGCAGUUCUUUGACAAGGUGCCACCCAAGCACAGCUACGGGAUGCUGUUCUGUUCCUGUCCAGCCGGCGAUCAGUCGGCCUGCUCCGAGCGCCGGCGCCAAACCAUUGUACCAGUCUGUUCCUAUGAGGACAAGGAAAAGCCCAACUGUCUCUCCUUGCAGGCCUCUUGCAAGACCAACUACAUCUGCAGGUCCCGUCUGGCUGAUUUCUUUGCCAACUGCCAGUCUGAGCCACGCUCCCUCUCUGGCUGUCUUAAGGAGAACUACGCUGACUGCCUGCUCUCCUACUCUGGCCUUAUCGGUACAGUGAUGACACCCAACUACCUGCGUUCUCCUAAGAUCAGUGUUGUUCCCUACUGUGACUGCAGCAGCAGUGGCAAUGGCAAGGAGGAGUGUGACAAGUUCACAGAGUUCUUCACAGACAACACCUGCCUCCGCAAAGCCAUCCACGCGUUUGGGAACGGGACAGACGUGGGAGUGUGGCAGCCCAUGCCUCCGGUGCAGACCACCACCUCCACCACCACUCCUUCCCAGAAGGCUAAGGACCGCUCCCCCAACUCACUGGAUGCCGCCACAAACACCAACCAUCUCAACACAGGAGACGAGUCCCUCUACCACUUCUGUGGCAGCUUGCAGGCACAGAAACUGAAGUCUAACAUCUCAAUUGAUGGGGUGCUUUGCGUGGACCCACAGAUUGACGACCCCGGUAUAUCCAACUCCAUCUCCAGGAAUUCAGCCGGGCUGCUGUCAUCUCAGGCACACCUAUACUCACUGCUGCUCCUGCUGGCCGUGCUGCUACACUGCACCCUGGCAGCACUCGACCCCGCAGCAGUCUUGUAGCCAUGCUGCAUUUGAAAAACAUGGACAGACUCAAUUUGUAUAAAGAAGAAAUUAUAUUCUCUGUUCCCAGUACACCUGUUGUAUUUUUCUUUCCCUUCUCUCUGAUUCCUUUUUUAAAUUCUAGUUUGAAGAAGCAUUACGUUGAAGUGUGUUAAAGUGAUCUCAGUGUAACUCAGUUUUGCUCUGUUUUCUCUCGUUUUUGUUUAUGAAGGGAAAAGCUUCUAUGUCGGUCACUGGGCGAUCAUGAGAAUGCAUUGCUACAUUCAAAUACACAAUGGCUGGUGGCUUUUGGGCAGUUCCUGGUACGAGUCCGUCACAUGGGAUCUAUUGUAUUAAUAAUGGUAUUGUCAUUAAGCAGGCGCUUUUAUCCAAGUGAGUUUGUGUGUUGAGGCUGAGGCAAAAAUUCCCCAUCAAUUUGAUCGCAAUGGUUUACAUGAGGUAGGCAGCUUUUUCAAUAUAUCUCUUCUGUGGUGUGCGUGUGUGUUUUGAUAUGGUGUCUGCCAUCCUUUCACAUUUGAGAAGAAAGAAUUUGAAGAUGUGGAUGGAGCUAUGUUGGCACAGAGCUCAGACAGUAUAGAUGGCUAGACCACAAAAUCUUGGCUUUAGAACCUGGCUAAAGAACCAAGUAUUCUGUUGGGUGCCACGUUUGUGUCACCAACUCAGCCUGCUGCAGCAAAACACACAUAUUAAAAGCUCACGUUGACAUUGUAUCUCAGGCUCAUACACGCAUGCAAAAAGCACACGUGCAAAGACCAGUACACACUCACACCCACAUGUAAAGGCUCCCUAAAAUGUACAUGGAGCUAUUUGAGUGAAGGGUUGGGUGAUAUGGUGAUUGUACAUGGUGGAAUUGGACAUUGUUUUGGUCUUUCAAAGUAGUUUGACAUAUUUUCUCUAUACUGGAUGAAAGGGAGGAAUGGAUGUAGGGUUUCUGGUAGACACAUUCCUACCUGAAUGAGUAUGUGAGCGCUGGACUCUUAACUGCUCUUGUAAGCAUCGUAAAGAGCUGUGGAGCUCUUGGCAACAGCCGUACAGAUGAUGACUUUUAAGAAUUGUAUCAGCUCACGAGAGAUUGAUUCUCAUGAUCAAAGCUUUGUUGUGUACACACACUGUAAUUACACACAAUCAUUCAAUAGGCUAGCAUACAUCUGCUCAAUGUGUGGUCAUAUUGCCUUCCCAAUAAAACUAUCAAUCUUAUUGGAGCGAAGGCUUAUAAAUAACGAUUGGCAUUUGGGUCCAGCUGACGCAGAACAUGUAUGUAUUAUUGUAGCAUUUUCUAUGUCUCCUGAGAAUUGCUGAGAAAGUAUCAAACUUGUAACAUAAUCAUAUUUAACACUCAAAUGAAAUGUGCAAAUAAAAAGAUACAUUUGAAGUAAUAAUUUGCUCAUGCGGACCACCCAACACACAGUCACCUCACACUUACAUGUGGCAUGUGCAGCAAAUUACUUUAGCCUUCGGACAUUUUAAAGCAUUUAUGACAUGCUGCUUGGGUUCGUGUGGCUUUUCAAAACAUAAUAUAUAUUACAUGUUAUUUACUGGGCAUUAAAAUGAUAUAUGUAUGUACUUGAUUGAAACAGUAAUUGGACUAGAAAUGUCUGACUGUAAUCUUCUAUUCAGGAGCACUGUGAGCAAUUUGAUCAGAUUCAGAAUCCCUGUAAAAUACAUCAAAUUAAACAAUAGCAUUUUUUGUUUUACAACAAGCUACGUACUUGCCCACAAACAUAUGAAGGAACUAAUGUAAAUGAAGAUAUCAAUGUAGCUCUCCUAUUGUAUUUCCUAAGCAAACAAAUAUUCUACCACAGUUACAUUUAUGCUGUUGCCUAAAUAUAUUGUUUUUUGGCAAAUACCCUGUUAUUUUUCUGUCUUUUCCUAUUUUGGCCUUAAUUUAUUAAACUGCUACAUCCUGCACAAGUAAGGAGCAUAUAGGACCGUACACAGAGGUUAAAGUUCAUAAUAUCGCAUGGUUGAUAGGAAAUGCAAUAAAGGAUAUAGACUAUCAUUUGAUCUAUGGAUCCGAGGCAGCUGGGUGGUUUAACACAUUGGUAUCUGCAGUUAGAUUGCUGAUAUUUCACAGAGACAGAGGAUGAAUGUGUUGGAAUCUGUGGGGGAGGGAGGAUAACGAGCCCACUAAGUGGCAGGUGAAGACAUAAAAUACCCCAAGAGUAUUUGUAUUCAUCUGCAUCACAUUGGUUGUUUAACUAAAUGAAAACGAACUGCAAUGUUUAUACUGAUUGGAAACAAACAAUCCCUCAGCUAUCCACGUUACUUAUAGCCUGUGAAAAUGUACAAUCUAUUGUAUAAAAUGAUAAUUAAAAUGUUGACUCAUCCAA